UAACGAUUCUAGUGGCACAGACAAGCGACAGCCGACAGCAGCAAUCGGGUCGGGAGGUUUGCAUAACCGGAAACUUACAAUCCCUAACCGAAGAAAAUGUGGAAAAGGCGAAAGGGCAACGCUGACGGCGACGCUCCGGCGAAGAAGUUCCAGAAGAAAAGUUACGGCAAAGAAUCAAACGAUAACGAUGCUGAUACUACAGUCGUCUGUGAGAUUGCGAAUAACAAGAGAGUGUCUGUGAGGAACUUCAACGGGAUGGUCCUGGUUGAUAUACGCGAGACUUAUGUUGAUGCUAGUGGCGAGAAAUGUCCUGGCAGAAAAGGCAUUUCGUUGACAUUGGAUCAGUGGAACAUAUUGCGAGAACAUGUUGAUGAAAUUGACAGGGCAGUUGCUGAAAGUAAGUAGCAAGUAGUAUCUUGUGGAACAUAUUUUGGAAUGUGACUUCUUGUAAUCAGGCUGAAUAGUUGGUUAUUUUGUUGACAUUGGGCUCAUUUGGAGUUUGGAACUUGCCUACCCAAUGAAACUCUGAUGUUUUAUUUGCCAUAUAUGGAUGUUUAGUAAGAUGCCUAUGGCCUGUAUGUUGGAUGUUUAGGAAGAUGCCUAUGGCCUGUAUGUGUGUUCGCACAGUGUCGAUAUGUUUUAAUAUCGCAACGAUAUCUUCGCAUUUGCCAA